AUGAAAAUUGAAGACAGAUACGGGGAAGAUGGAAAUUCAAGUGAUAUGAACACUUACAGUAUUUCAGACAAGAUUGGGUUUGCCUCCGCUGCUACUACAACCUUUCAGAUAAGUGAGCCUCGAAGCCAAAGCAAGCCAUCCACAUGUUGUGCUCGGGCAGCCCUUGGUGUCUACCUGCUGCUGCUGACAGCCGGCCAGGCGCUGCUGGCGUACAAAGUGUUUAAGAUGCAGAGAGAGAUCUUGAAAUGUCAAGAACAAAGUACACCCUAUACAGAAGGGAUUUGGGAAAGCUCCUUUGCCAACAAACUGCUUUUGGAGAGAAACUCUACAGAGGAGCACAUGGGACGUGAAGAAAACUGGAGGAGAAGAGUAGAAGAGGAAAUCACCAUAAUUAAAAGCAGCAAUGCAAACCUGAUGACGAUGAUGAACAACAUCACCCAGCUUGCAGGGCCUCCUGGACGCAAAGGAGACCCUGGUCCACCAGGUAUCUCAGGGCUACAGGGACCACCAGGGACAAAGGGAGACCGAGGAGUCCAAGGCUUACAUGGACUGCAGGGAGCAAAGGGGAGCAAAGGAGAUCCUGGUCCUGCUGGCCCAAGUGGUGAACCAGGAGUGAGAGGAGAAAAAGGAGAGAUGGGGCUUGCAGGUGUCCAAGGACAGAAAGGCGAAAUGGGCAAGAAGGGAGACCCCGGGCCCCAUGGACCCAUGGGUGCUCAGGGACAGCAGGGAGUCCCAGGACUGCCCGGUUUCAAUGGUAGCAUGGGGGAGCCUGGACAUCCUGGGCAGAAAGGAGAGGCAGGCUUGACUGGACAACGUGGACCCAUGGGAAUGCCUGGCCUCGAAGGCAGACCUGGUCAGAAAGGGGAGAAGGGGGACCACGGGUCCAGUGGUAGUCCAGGAAUACCAGGCAUUGCAGGACUCAAAGGUGAAAAGGGAGACAGAGGAGUAACAGGUCCUCCAGGGCAAAAGGGAACAAAGGGAGACCAGGGCCUGCCAGGCAUUCCAGGGCUAACUGGUCAAAAAGGAAGCAAGGGUGAUUAUGGCAGUAGUGGCCCAAAAGGAGAACCGGGAGUAAAAGGCGCCAAGGGAGACCAUGGAUCCUCUGGUUCCCCAGGAACAAAAGGGAGCAAAGGUGAAAAGGGAGAAGGAAACUUCAAUAAUGUUGUACGAAUCGCAGAAGGGGGCAGGAGAGGCCGCGUGGAAGUCUUUCAUCAAGGGUCCUGGGGAACAAUAUGUGAUGAUGGCUGGAGCGUCCAAGAUGCCACUGUGGUCUGCCGAAUGCUGGGAUACAACCGUGCGGUCUCAGCCUUCACAGCAACAGCAGGCACUGGACAAAUUUGGCUUGAUGACGUGAAUUGCAGGGGGAAUGAACGUUCAAUUUUCGACUGUCCAAAGCCCGACUGGGGUGUGAACAACUGCUCCCACAAUGAGGACGCUGGGCUGGAGUGCAUUUGA